CUCUCUCUCUCUCUCUCUCUCUCUCUCUCUCUCUCUCUCUUCCUCCCACUCUCAUUGGUUGACUGCCAGAGAUGGAGGGGAUUUCAGUAUAAAUGCAAGCCAAGCUCUCCUCCAUUCACAACUUCCAUAACUUGACUGAGCUGUCCAUCCAGACUCUUGAAGAAACUGAAGAAGCAGUAUCCAUGAUCAACACAAUGACAUCAACGGUCCUCAUCAGCUUCCUGGCCUGUCUGAUCCUGGUUAAUGUUGAAGGCCAGGUGGGUCAUUCUAAAGCUCGGUGCCUGUGUCUAAAUGGAAUGGUGAACCGUGUUAAACCUCUUCUCAUUGAGAAGCUUGAAGUGUACGCCUCCAGCCACUCCUGCCAGCACAUGGAGAUCAUUGUCACUCUGAAGAACGGAAAAGGGAAAAAGUGUCUGAAUCCAGAGGCCCCGAUUGUCAAGAAAACCAUUGAGAAAUGGAUGAAAAACCAAAGGAGUGUGCAGUAAAAGUAACGAUACCAGUUCAGUUGAGAACUUGAUGGAGAGAGAGCUAUUCCUGAGGAAUGCACUGAAAACUGCCUGAAGACUGCCUGAAUAUAUGUUUACACUGUUGAAUGGUACUUAGAAAGUCGUUUUUUAAAUUGACAAAAUGAGUAUCUGUUACACAAUGUGACUUACUAGUAGUUAAGUGACAUUUCUAGUAUUUCCAAUGGAAAAUAUAAAAAGCAUUUCAAUAUGUAAACAUAUUUUUUUAUUAUGCAAUGUCAACAAUUAAAAUGUUUAAUAUUUUGUUUGGUUAUCAAAUUUGUCCAUGGGAAAUGAAAAUGAACAUUUGUGU